AUGGCUACCCCGCCUGUACUAGCUUUCGAUGCUGAGGGCCGCCCAGUGAAGUUUGAUACUUGGCUUGAUGACCUGCACCUCUUCCUACAGCUCACUGCCAAGGAGGAUAUCUCACUGUAUGACCACGCCCUCGGCCAUGCUCCUGCCCCUGCUACUGAUGCUGACAGCACUACCCGCUCCCAGUGGCAGACUCGUGACGCCCACGCUCGCUUUGCCAUCCGCAACUCCCUGCCGUUAGAUGAGCGCGAGCACUUCGGCCAGUGCAAGACUGCUAGGGACCUCUACACCGCUGUAGUUGCCUGUUACUCCUCACCCGCUUCUGCUACGCUAGGCCGCCUCACUCUUCCCUACCUGUUCCCCGACCUAGCCUCCUUUCACACUGUCGCAGACCUCAUCACCCACCUUAAGACUAGUGAGGCCCGCUUUCGCGCUGCUAUGCCUGCCGAGUUUCUCACUAGCAACCCCCCCCCGCUCUGGAUCACUCUCUACCACAUCGUCACCCGCCUCCCUGACUCUCUCCGCGCAGUCAGGGACCACUUCCUCUCUCGCUCCCCCACUGAGCUCACCGUUGACCUCCUCGAGAAGGAACUGCUUGCAGCUGAGGCGAGCAUCGUCGCUGUAGGCACCUCUCGUGGCGACCCCCGCACCCCGUUCUUUGAGGGGUGUUCCCCUUCCCCCCUCCUCCCCUCUGUUGCCUCUGCUGCUGCUGUCGACCUCCUUGGUGCUGAGAAGGUCGGGACCGCGUCUGCUUCGAGCGGGCGCCGCAGGGGCAAAGGGGGCAGGGGCGGGGGUGGCGGCGGAGGAGGUGGGGGUGGAGGCGGUGGGAGUGGAGGCGCGGCUGAGGAGGCUAGUGGCGGCAGUGGGGGAGGCGACAGCAGCGGCGGGAGUGGUGGCAGGGGCGGAGGCGGCAGCGGAGGCGGAGGUGGUCGUGGUGGCGGCAGGGGUGGAGGUGGCCGGGGCGGAGGCGGAGGGGGUGGUGGUCGUGGAGGCACUGGCGGAGGGCAGAGUCAGCAGCCCACCCCGACGCUUCACCACUAA